AGACCCGCGUGACGCCAAAUAGACACGCGCUGACCAGUGUGUUUACAUCAGAGACAAGUGCCUCGCAGUUUGAAAGAGCACAUGUGGAUGGAUUGAAUAAUUCAUAACGUAAGAUGAGCAACAGUGCUGCGAGCCCAAUGGCAGCCAGCAGCAGCACCGCGGCCGGACGCGCAUCCGGAAAGACCACCAGCUUCAUCCCUGAGCUCCAGAGCAUGAUGUUUGCUCUUGGUGAUGCUCGCAGACCACUGCACGAGACCGCCGCCCUGGUGGAGGACAUAGUGCACACCCAGCUCAUCAACCUCCUCCAUCAGGCUGCAGAGGUGGCCCUCCUGAGAGGGGCCAGGGCCAUUUCACCAGAGGAUAUCAUAUUUCUAAUGAGGAAAGACAAGAAAAAAUUACAGCGACUCAUCAGGUACAUGCAGUUCAGAGACUACAAAUCCAAAGUCCUCAAAACCAUCGAAGAUGAUGAUGUGCUGGAUUCAGACAAAUACAGCAGCAGCAGCAGUGUCAACAAGAGGCAGCGUCUGCUGCAGGACUUCAUGAGCUCCAUCGACCAGACGGGGGAAUUCCUGACACUGGUGGAGGAAGAGGAGGUGGAUGAAGUCAAGCAGGAGCGGCUGGAGAGAAUUGAGAAGGUGACCAGAAACAUGGAUUCUAGUCAGUACAGUGAUUUCUGUGAAAGUCGACAGCUGAGUUUUUCUAAGAAGGCCUCGAAAUUCCGUGAGUGGCUGGACUGCAGCAGUCUGGAUGUGAAGCCCAAUGCCAUGUCCAUGGAGAUCCUGUCUUAUCUGGCCUACGAGACGGUGGCCCAGGUUGUUGACCUUGCCCUGUUGGUUAAACAAGAUAUGACUCCCAAAACAGGCGAUCCGUUUCAACACGCCAUAUCAGCAACUUUCAUCCAGUACUGCAACUCCUCGGCUGAGGCUGCAAGCACCAAAAAGGAGACGGACUCUCCGGAAAACACACCACCGUCCACUCCCAGCGGCCCUCUGACGGGACAGCAGGGAAAGAUGCACUCCAUGGCCCAGGGCAACGGUGGGCCGAACCAAGAUGGCAGCAGUAAGGUUAAACAGAGGAAAAGGAAGAAGAGCGUGGCGGCCUGUGGCGCGGAGGCUCAGAGCAGUGCCAUCCAACCAGCCCACAUCAGAGAGGCCAUCAGGCGCUACAGCCACAAGAUUGGCCCGCUCUCCCCCUUCUCAAGUGCCUACCGCAGGAACGGGAUGACUUUCCUGGCCUGCUGAGGUGAGCGAGAGGAGGUCUGUAGGAGCUGAAGGAGUCUCUGUCUGCGUGUGUCUUUCACAGGAAGCGCUGUGGACUGGCACAAAUCUGGAUUGGACGCAUUUUGUUUAGUUGGUGUUCAUGUAAACUCUAGUAAUAUGAGUUUUUUCCUCUUUUGUAAACAGGUUUAAUUUUGUAUUCUUAGUCGGUUACAACCAAUAUUCCAUAACAAUUUCAGCUUUUUUGAUGAUGAUGUGUAGAACUAGUUCCUUUGUCUGGAAAGUAGGAUAAUGAAAACCCAUCUUUUUGAUGCUGUA